AUGCCUCCGAUACCUCAUGUACGGCCUGAGAAUGUUCUCAGGCGAGCCGAAGAGCUCAUUGCCGUAGGCCAGCCCGCGGCAGCCUUGUCUGUUCUUCACGAACAUGUCACAUCAAAAAGAUCCCGCAGCAGUCCUAUUGCGUCUCUUGAACCGGUUAUGCUUCUUUUUGUUGAAUUGUGUGUCGAUCUCAGAAAGGGAAAAUCUGCUAAGGAUGGCUUGUAUCAAUAUAAAAAUAUUGCACAAAACUCCAAUGUCGGAACUAUUGAGAUGGUUCUUAAAAAAUUCAUCGAGCUUGCAGAACAAAAGGUUACCGAAGCUCAGACUAAGGCUGAUGAAAUCCAAUCCUCACUUGAGUCUGCCGCGCCGACAUCCAAUAUUGAAGAUCUUGACGCCAUUGAGACUCCAGAGACAAUCCUUCUUGCCACAGUGUCCGGGGAACAAUCCAGAGAUCGCACAGAUAGGGCUGUUGUCACACCAUGGCUCAAGUUCCUUUGGGAGACUUAUCGCACCGUUUUGGAAAUUUUGAAGAAUAACGCACGCCUGGAAGUUAUGUACCAGGCGACAGCUCUUCAAGCCUUCCAAUUCUGUUUAAAAUACACUCGCAAAACAGAAUUUCGCCGAUUGUGCGAGUUGCUCAGAAACCAUGUUCAAAAUGCCGCCAAGUAUUCUGCUCAGAUGCACGCGAUCAAUUUGAGUGAUCCAGACACACUUCAACGGCAUUUAGAUACUCGCUUUCAACAGUUGAACGUCGCUGUUGAGCUGGAACUCUGGCAGGAGGGAUUCCGCAGCGUUGAAGAUAUCCACACACUUCUUAACCUGAGCAAGCGACAGCCUAAGAACAUCAUGAUGGCAAAUUACUACGAGAAACUUACAAGAAUUUUUAUGGUCAGCGAUAAUUACCUUUUUCACGCUGCGGCAUGGAACCGAUACUAUAAUCUUUUGCGACAGUCUGCGAUUGCACUUGCCGCAGGCCAAGGGUCGAAGAAAGAUAACCCAUCAGUAUCGGAGACGGACAUGACAAAAGCUGCCUCUUUUGUUCUGCUAUCCUCUCUUUCUAUCCCUGUCAUCAGUACGUCACGGUCCCGCGGAGCAUUGGUUGAUGUGGAUGAAGUGCGAAAGAAUAAGAACACACGCCUCACCAACCUUCUUGGCAUGCCCCAGCCCCCUACUCGUGCUUCCCUUUUCAAAGAUGCUCUCAACAAGGGCUUACUUAGUCGCUGCCGCCCUGAGAUCCGUGAUCUUUACAAUAUCCUUGAAGUAGACUUUCAUCCUCUAUCUAUUUGCAAAAAGAUUACGCCUAUUCUGAAGCAGAUCGGUACCGACCCUGAAAUGGAAAAAUAUGUUCUACCCCUACAACAAGUUAUUCUUACUAGGUUAUUCCAACAACUAUCGCAGGUUUAUGAGACCGUUGAGCUGAAGUUUGUCCAUAAUCUUGCACAUUUCCCAGAACCGUUCCAAGUCACCCCAUCAAUGAUCGAGAAGUUCAUCAUGAAUGGUUGUAAGAAGGGAGAUUUGGCUAUUCGCGUUGAUCAUGUUUCUGGUGUCUUAACAUUUGAGUCUGAUAUUUUCUCUUCUACCAAAGCUCUUCAUGCUGGAAGUGUUGCUGGGUCGGCCGAAAGUGAAGUAGGCUCCGUUCAACGCUUGCAGAAUACCCCAGCUGAAAUUGCUCGGUCUCAACUUGCUCGACUAGCCAAGACCCUUCAUGUGACCUGCAUGUAUGUCGAUCCAUCUUAUAAUGAAUCGCGGCUCAAAGCGAAACAAGCUGCACAUGAAAGAGCUCUUGCUGGCGCUGUAAAAGAGCACGAAGAGACUCUUGCUCGGCGAGUCAUUAUUGAGAAGAAGAAAGAAGCAUUGUCAAAUGCGCUACAGAAAAAGCAGCAGGAGGAAGAGAACCGCAAACGAAUGCGUACACAACAACUUCAAGAAGCUGAGAAACAGCGCCUUCUGGACGAGCAUCGUGAACGUGAGCGCAAACGAAUGAAGGAUGAACAGGAUCGCAUCCGACAACAAGAAUUGAAGAAGCAGUUAGAAGAACUGAAAACUGGUGUUAAGGGCAUCGAUGUGAACCAGAUUGACCUGGAAGAGCUGGACUCCAAUCGCCUCCGUGCCAUUAAGCUUGCUCAGCUCGAAAAGGAGAAAAACGAUUUGAACGAAAAAAUCAGAAUCACAUCCAAACGAAUCGACCAUUUAGAGCGAGCAUUCCGCCGGGAGGAAUUGAAGCACUUGCCAACUGACUACGAUGACCAAAAGAAGCGAGAUUUGGAAGUAUAUGAGAAGAACAAGGCAGAUACUUUGGAAACUGCCCGGUUGAAGCACAAAGAAGACGUCGCCCUUAAACAUCGCCUCAGCCGCCUAGUACCAUUUUUCAAUGACUUCAAGAAAAACGUUUCAGAGAAACGACACGAGGAGUUUGAAAGGCGCCGCAAAGCAGCGGAACGGGAAUUUGAACAGAAAAAGAAGCAACGUAUCAAAGAAGUCCAAGAACGGAUUAGACGUGAGCGAAUGGAGCGUGAGGCAGAAGAACGUCGAAAAGUUGAAGAGGAAGAGCGCAUUGCACGAGAAGAACAAGAGAAGGUUGCCAAAGAGGAGGAAAGACGACGGGUGUUGGCAGAGGAGAAAGCCGCCAGGGAGGAAGAGAGAAGGGCACUGGAUGAAAAGGCCGCUCUUCAACGACAACGGGAGGAGGACGCCGAAAAACGGCGCGCUCUUCGCAAGGCUGGCGCAGCACCGGAGCCAAGAGCUCCAGCUCGUGCCUCGUCUCCUGAACGCACUGCUCCACGCCUUAACCUCCCCAGCCGGGGAAGCGGCAUUUCUUGGAGGGAUCGUCCCAAGCCUGAAGAUAGCGCUUCUGCCCCUGAUGCAAAAUCGGCUCCAUCCCGGGAAAACCCCACUUCGAAACCAGGUGGGUACGUUCCGCCGCAUGCUCGACAAGGCGGAUCCUCAGAUCGUCGUGAUUUUGGUCGUGCCCGUGCUGCUCCUCCGGAAAGACCUAUGUCAAGAAGCCCUGCUCCUCCCUCGUCGUCUCCUGCUCCCCCAGAGAAGCGUAUGGAGUCAAAGCCUGGUGUGUGGAGAUCCUCAAGAAUGACGCAACAGCAGCAGUAG